UCUCUUGCACUUGCUCCCUCAUUUUUCUCCUCUUCCAAGCAUUUACUUUCAUGGCUAUGAAUCCCCUUCAAAACCCUAGUUUCUUCCUCGACUACCACCAGUUUCAAGACUCGUCCUUCUCGUUCAUGGAUCUUUUCGAUGUCUCAAGUUACCCACUACCUAAUUUUGGCCUUGAAGCCGAGACCAUGGCGUCGUUGUCGACGGAGGCAAGAACGGAAGCAGAGAGGGGAUCCAUGAAAGCAACGUCCAUAGACAAUAAUAGCAUGCAAGUGGAGAAAAGAAAAAAGGAGAGAGGAGUUGGGUGCAAUAAUAGGGUUGCAUUUAGAACAAAGUCGGUUUUGGAAAUCUUAGAUGAUGGCUUCAAAUGGAGAAAGUAUGGCAAAAAAUCUGUCAAGAACACCUCUCAUCUAAGGAAUUACUAUAAAUGCUUGAAUGGAGGGUGUGGAGUGAAGAAGAGAGUAGAAAGAGACAGAGAUGAUUCAAGCUAUGUUAUAACAACAUACGAAGGGAUUCACAACCAUGCAAGCCCUUUUUUUGAUAUGGUGUAACGAUCUGAUAUUAGUUCAUCCUAGACAUCGUCCCAUUUGCCUUUCUUCAUCUCCUUCCUAUCCCUAUGCUU